AUGUCCCGCAAAAGGUCCAGACUCAACGAUAAAGAAAUGAGUUCUACAGUGACUGAUUUAGGACAUGGCGAGGGCCAAAAUGGGAGUGAUACCAGUUUCACUUCAAGUUCCAGCCAGAUGCCAAUUGAAACACAGUCACUGAUAACGCCAGCACCAUUCAGUACAGACCCCGUAGCCGUGGCGGAACGGGAGCGUUGCCACUAUGGCCGCAUACCCCGCGCCCAGGCGAUGGCUGGCACCACCCACCGCAAAGUACGAGUGUACUCGGAUGGGAUCUACGACAUGUUCCACCAGGGACACUCCAGACAACUGCAGCAGGCCAAGACGGUCUUCCCCAAUGUUUACCUCAUUGUUGGUGUAUGCAGCGACGAACUAACGCACAACCGCAAAGGACGCACAGUUAUGACAGAAGAAGAAAGAUACGAAGCAGUCAGACAUUGCAGAUACGUCGAUGAGGUCGUAACAGAUGCACCCUGGGAAUACAGCGAGGAGUUCUUAGAGAAACACAAAAUAGACUUUCUAGCACACGACGACAUUCCUUACACGACAGAAGACUGUGAGGACACAUACGCGCUCAUCAAGGCAAAAGACAUGUUUGUCGCCACUCAGAGAACAGAGGGUGUAUCAACAUCAGAUAUAGUUGCACGGAUAGUACGUGAUUACGACAUCUACGUAAGAAGAAACCUGGCGCGUGGCUACUCCGCGAAGGAGCUCAACGUAUCUUUCCUAAAUGAGAAGAAGUUCAGACUACAGAACAAAAUGGACGAGCUCAAAGAUAAAGGCAAAAAGGUGAUGACAGAUAUAGGUGAAAAGCGAGUGGAUAUACUAACAAAAUGGGAGGAGAAGUCUCGAGAACUGAUCGGCGCAUUCUUGCUUCUGUUCGGCCCCGACGGACGCCUGUCCAACAUCUGGAACGAGUCAAAGGGACGCCUCAUGCAGGCGCUCAGCCAACCACCUUCGCCGAGAGGAUCACCGCCACCUAGCGAAAAUGGGGAUUCAGACUCGCCUACACACAGAGGUUCCGCGUCACCGCCGCCACCAAAGUCGCGCCGCUACGCAACGCUAUAUGAGCCGCAAGCAGAUGCAUCGAGCUCUGAACGCGUUGGGGAAACGGAAGAGGCCGUACAGCGCCAGCUGACCGAUGACGGCUCAGACGAAAGCGACGACGAGUACCAGGACACGAGCCCCUACCUCUAG